AUUGCGUCUCUGCAGGACUUACCAGGGCCGGAGAGGAGAGGAAAUUUGCCUGGGAAGGAAUGCGAAACGGGGUUUAGGAUUGGCACUGCCACGAGGAAAACGAGGAGGUGCGACAUUUUCUAGGCUACGUGGAGAUCCGCUUUUUCUUCCCUUCAAAGGUGUUCGCCUCCCGACCCACCGCCCACCACGGCCCUCACCUGUGUGUUGCGGUGCUUCCCUUGUGAGCCGACCUGGGCUGGCAGUCCCUUCUUGCACCGCCCGCCAACACCGCCCAUGGUCAGAAUGACGCGCUCCAAGACCUUCCAGGCGUACCUGCCGAGCUGCCACCGAACCUACAGCUGCAUCCACUGCCGAGCUCACCUGGCCAACCACGACGAGCUGAUCUCCAAGUCGUUCCAGGGCAGCCAGGGCAGAGCAUACCUCUUCAACUCAGUGGUGAACGUCGGGUGUGGCCCUGCAGAGGAGAGAGUUUUGCUCACAGGCCUGCAUGCUGUAGCAGAUAUCUACUGUGAGAACUGCAAGACGACCCUGGGCUGGAAAUAUGAACAUGCCUUUGAGAGCAGUCAGAAGUAUAAAGAGGGCAAGUUCAUCAUCGAGCUGGCCCACAUGAUCAAGGACAACGGCUGGGACUGAGGAGCGAACAGCCAGGACACGACCGCAGCAGUGAAGGGGAGGGUGGGUGGGGGGACUCGGUGGCUGGAUGGAUAGAUGGACAAAUGGAUGGGAGGAAGUGGUGGGGGGGCAGGGAGGGGGUCCAUGUGUGGUGGGUGAGUGUGUAACUUUGGUUUGGCUGAUUUACCAUUAACCUCUGUAGCUCUGCCCAUCCCUCCCUACCACGCCUCUUGAUGUACACUCACACACAUGCACACAAACACAUGGAUACAUCAAGGUCCCAGCCAUCCCAGCUUGAUAGAGAGACAGACUAGGCAGGCUGACACACAGCUAGCAGGACUAGGUGACUGGCCAGCAAUACAAGACAUCUCAUUUUCAGUUUUUUUUUCCUUUUACUGAAACAUGAUUCGAUAGUUCUUAAAAAGGUAGUAACACUCUCUCUGUACCCACUAGGAGACAUCCUCAAAAUGUAGAGAUAAGGAGGCCAGUUGGGCUGGCCAGAUGGGGUUCAUUGGCCUUGGUUGAAGAGCUGACGGACAUUCACUCUGUCCACAGCGUGAAUGAGAUGACCUAAGAUGAUUAUCGCAAAUCCAGCUGAUCAGGGCCAUGCCAGCUGGGCCAGUGAUGAGGCCUGGCGCUGAGGCUUGGCACGGAGGCCCAAGCACAUGGGCGUUGGGUUGUGGUGGAGGGGGUGGGCCACUUUCUCAGCAUGGUGGGGAGAGAAAGAUCCUGAUCCAGUUAUGCAGUGGGUUUGAUGGCUUCUGGCUGGGAUCCACUCCAUGUCUUGCCAGUGAUGCAGUUCAGGAUGAGCAGGGUGGGCAGACCGUGAAAGAGAUACAGACAGACAGCCACCAGCUUGUCUUAAAACCUUGCAGGAAUUUGCCCUCGCAGCAGCAGAGCAGCUCCCCUGGGUUUUAUUCAUCCUUCGAAACACAGUCAGGAGUCGUGCAAAGUGAUCUGCUGAUCCCUCCCCUUGUAUAUCUGGUGUCGGCAGACGCACUGCUGCGUCUUUUUUUUUCCAGAUAGAAUUAUACAACAUAAGUGUGUCUCAGGUGAGCAACUAUGGCUGGGAUUCCCAAAAGUUUGUGCGCACUGUGAGCGUCUGUCUGCUGUUGUACCUGUGAUGAGGGGACAGCUAGUGAUCAGUCAGACACAGACACAACUCCUGCUAUCAUGCACAUAACAGUCCUCUGCAAAGUUUGAAGAAACAAAGGGCCAAUGCAUGACUGGUUUCAUGGGCCAAGGGAAAAUGCAAAUAGUCAAAAAAAAAAGAAAGAAAGCAAAAAGUAAGUUACUCUUACUGAAGUUACGAGGUAUAUACACAACCACAGAGGUGUGUACUGUAGCUACAUAUGUAUAAAAGGUAAUACCUAUCACUCUUAGGCUCUCUUUCAGUCUGGGAUGACUGCUGUUUUACUGCUGUUACUCUGAGCUUCACUAACUGGCCCUCACAAAACAUUAUAACAGACCUACUGGGCAGCAUUAUGAAGCAAUGCACUUGAUAGACCUGUUAAUGAAUUCAUUUGUUCCUUAAUGCAGCAACACCACCAACAUUAUAUUCUUAGGUUUUGCCCCCAGGUUUUGAUCAUUUUUCUUUUUCUUAUUUUUUCCAUGUAAGUUAGCUUACUAAAUGUUCCUCACGCAUCAUGGGCAUUCGAGUUAUGACACCUGGGUAAUAUUUUAAGAAGCAGUAACGGGAAGCAUUGCUCAGGUACCUUGAUGCUAACUUUUCUUUGCUAAGGCCAGGAUCCUGCUUAAUGUGCUGGAUGUGCUGUUCUUGGAUGGAAAUGUAUUAUUUUCGAAUGAGAUAAUCCAUUAUAGCUGUCCCCAUCCUGUGGAAAUGCAACGUUAAUGCAUGCAUGAUCUAAAACUAACCUUUUCUGACCAGUUUUGUGCUCGGUCCUCAUCACAUUUUUGUGACAUAAAAAAAACAAAAAACACUUUGUGCGUAUUAGAGAUGCGCUGAAACCUUGUGCUGUAGUACAACAUCUUAUCAGUUGCAUCCCAGUCCACUUGAGCUGUGAGAUCCCCUUGCAAUGGCACAGAAGCAUUACAGAUUAAAUGUGAUCCUGGUUUAGAAAAGUAAAAUUAGUUGCCCUGUCACACAUAGUUUCCUGUUAUUGCAAACAUUGCUCUAGAAAUUGCCCUGUAGAUGGUGAAACUCAAACCUAAACAGAUAACUCUCGUCAGUAACACUCAGCAGCUGACUCAUCAGUCGGAGGCCGUGACAUUAAACCCAGCACAACCAAAGAACCCACCCAUCAACAAUAAGUUGACCAAACAAAAGAUCUCAUUUUGCUUGGGCAAAGUGUUGCAAAACAAGGGGGUGUGUGUAUACCUGAAAGCCAAGGUUGUGGAUAGCCUUUCUCUGUGAUAUAUAUAAUGCAUUAUGAUUUUGUAAACAAAAGAUCUUAAUAUAUGAAUAUAUUCUAUUUACUGUAUUCACCAUGAGGAUUACCAUUCAUGUCAACCUCUGUGUUACAGACUGUAAAUAGUGUUAAUGUAUUGUGUUUUAUCUAUGAUCCAUAUGAUGAUGAAUGAAUAUGAUUUAGGUCAUGUCAUGCUUUCUCUCUGGUACCCCACAUUGGCUGUACGAUACUACUUUUUUACUGAAAAUGUUUCAAUUUUAAUGUCUUUUGUAAAGGAGGAUGCUGAUGUUGACUAUAUAUCAUUGGAUCUUCAUCUAAUAAAAAGCACCUUGAUAUCUGUAUGGAA